CUCUCAGUGUCGAAUAAAUAAGCGUAAAGAAUCACGUUGUAAGUCACAAGGUUCAUUUUUUCAGUCAGUGUUUAACUUUGGUACCUCCCAUUUCCGAGGAAAAAAUGCGGAUCUGAAUCUUUGCUGGUCUCGGGGGAAAAAUGCACCUUAAUAGAACGAAUGAAAAAGAAGGGAAGUGACUAUCGAGGGUGGAGCUGUUUAUUUCCCACCUCUUGCAGGACGGUGGGAGUCGUGUGAAGGGACGAAGGAUGGCACCAUUGUAGUAUUUUUUUUUAAUUUUCUGUUUGAUGUGUAUCAUUGGCUGAGGAGUCCUAAGGAUUUAGCCCCUGACUCUGGCCUCGGCGGAAUACGAAAAACAGUGUUUAUGUACAAUGGAUAAAGCCAUCUUGUGGUUCAACAACCUGUUUACCAGAAAGGAGACAGAAGAAAGCAAAUCGAUUAUGCAGAAAAAUUCAUAUGCUGAGAAUAAAGCACCUUCUUAUGCCAGCAUUAAUGGAGCAGAUGCUUCAGAGGUGUCUUGUGUUCCUUGUAAUCAUACCAAUCGAGGUUUUGUCACUUGUCCUACUUGCCAAGGAACUGGAAGAAUCCCCAGAGAGCAGGAGCAACAGUUAGUGGCCCUCAUUCCAUAUGGAGAUCAGCGGCUGAAGCCUAGACGGACGAAGAUGUAUGUAUUUCUCACAGUAGCCAUUUGCCUGCUGACAACUUGUCUCAUGAUGUACUUCCUGUUCCCACGUUCAAUUGCGGUGCUCCCCUCAGGUCUCAAUGCGUCCACCAUCUCCUUUGACAAUUCUUCUUCCAGCAUCAUCCUGAAUAUGACUAACAUAUUAAAUGUGACAAACAACAAUUUUUAUCCUGUGUAUGUGGCUCAGCUUGACAUUGAAGUCUUGCAUAAAACAGUGGUGAUUGGGAAAAAAACUGUGAUGACUCAGUUGGAUAUCAAGCUUUUGCAGAGUGCCCAGAUCCUUUACAGCAUCUCUAGUACAAUCAUGGAUACCAACACUUACAAAAUUUGCACAUGGGCCAAAAUAAAGGUUCACAAUGUUCUUCUGCAUAUACAAGGUACACUGACUUGUUCCUAUCUCUCUCAUUCGGAGCAACUUUCCUUUGAAAAGUAUCAGUAUGUGGAUUGCAGAGAUGGUGUCCUACUGUCUUGAUUCUAAAAUCUCUCAUGGCUACAGUAGAGUCCUGGGGGAAUUCCUUUUGGCUGUUUCUUCAGUCCCCUUCAGUGAAAUUGCAGUAGCAUGUGUUUCAUGCCUCUGGGGAUUUAUAGUGUGGGAAGAAACUGAAGUUUUGAUUUCUUUUUUGCCAGUUCUACAAAACAGGAAGAUGGCUAUGGCAUCACAUUCCUUUUAAGAUAGCAUAUAAUGAUGCUAAUGGACUAAAAGAACAGCAGAAUGGCACCUGAGUGCAGAAAACGGGAUGCAAGAAGAACAUGCUAACUUGAAACAGUUAUGCUUCAUAUUUGAAUAGAUUUAGGCUGCAUGGAUCACCAAGUGGCUGCUGAAUUUGCCGAUACUGUUUAUUUCUUUUGGAGAUUACUGCCUGGAACUGGGAUCUGUAAAAACAAUGAAACAUGCCACUAUAGACUUUAUUGGAGGGCUGGGGGUAGAUCUGAUGUGUUCUCCUUUUCCCAGAACUAUCUUCUCCCAGACCGAUAUAGCAGGAGGAAAACUUGGAUUUUUUGAAGGAGGCAUUACCACUGAAUUAAGGUUGUACUUCUUCUCCCACUAGAUUUCCCCCUGUUCAUUAGUUCAGCUGUUUUCUAAGUUGUAGGGAGAAAAAAAGGUUUAUGAAGCCAAAAUAAUUGCUCUGUUUCAAAUGCUGCUUUUCUAAAUCUAUUUCUACUAUAGCUUUAUUUUCUUGUUUUAUUUUCCUAAACUUUAUUAACUUUUUAAAAACAGAAUACAAAAAAGCAAAGAAAACAUUAAAAGGUUUAUUCACUGUUGGAGCUAAGAAAUGAAUAAAAUCCUGAAUAUAUUUUUUCUUUGACCAGUAUGACAGUUCUCAUACAAAAAAGGAUCAGUAAAAAAUGAUUAUGGCCUUUAAAAUUAGGUAGGUUUGAAACAAAUUGUGCAAUGCUGCCUGGUGAUAGUAUAUGAUAGAAAGACAGUUGGAUAAAAAAACCUGGUAACUGGAAAAUGCAGUUAUUUACCCAUCUUUUUAAAGAGAUACUUGUACAAUACUUCCUAAAUUCUUUCAAGUUUGGUUUCAUUUGAUAUGCAAACUAUUUAGUACUGCAGCAUAAAUAUCAGGUAGGUUGAAAAAGAAGUAUUUUAUUAGGAUCUAAUGGACCUUUUCUGGCCGCACUUUAUUAUUAUUAUUAUAAUUAUACAAUUGUAUCACAGCGGCCAGUUGUUUCGCCGGAUUUGGCAUUGGUU